AUGCCUGUCCCCUUAGGAGCCAUUUCUACUGGACUUGGCUUAGUACUUUACUUCUGGCUACUUAUAUUUCUGGAUGGUCUACUUGCCCGACUGAUGGGCACAACGAAAGGACACAUUCACUAUUCGCGUGAAGAUCGUUAUAAUGCUGAAAUUCUCAGCGAGAGCGCAGCUUUAUUACCGAAUCCUCUUCCUACUACUGCACUUGCAUCGGAAAUUGAUUCCACUCAGGAUGACUAG